GGUGUCGACUGUGAGAAGCGCGUCUCGCUCGCUUACUCGUGUGCAUCCCUCCGUCGGUCCGCCGUGGACGAGGAAAAAAUAAAAAAAUAAAAAUAAAUAUCGCGAGUUCUUGAGGGUUUCGGCGAACGUCAUCGGUAACAUCGGUGUGGGGCCGUCGCUUGGCGCAGUUGUCCCCCACCCCCUGGUCGCGUUAUGAGGGCGUCCCAGCGAGGCACGGGCUCGCCGUCGCCCUGAGCCGCAGCGUACGCGGCUCCCCGCCGUUGCGCUCCGCAGCGGCCUUGCCCGGUCCGCCGUGCUGCUGUGGGGAGUACCAACUCGGUGGACUGAAACCGCUUAGGCCUACGCGUCAAAAUGGCCGACCUCGAAGCCGUGCUGGCCGAUGUCAGCUACCUCAUGGCCAUGGAAAAAAGCAAGUCCACCCCGGCGGCGCGGGCCAGCAAGAAGAUCGUCCUACCGGAUCCCAGUGUGCGGAGCGUGAUGCACAAACACCUCGAGAAGAUGGGAGAGGUCACGUUUGACAAGAUCUUCAACCAGAAGUUAGGCUACCUGUUAUUCAAGGAUUUCUGCGACAACGUCUGCGACGAGCAGGUGCCGCAGCUAAGUUUCUACGAGGAGAUCAAGCGCUACGAGAAGUUGGAGACGGCGGAGGAGAGGAGGACGGCAGCACGGGAGAUCUACGACAACUACAUUAUGAAGGAGCUGCUCUCGCACACGCACAAUUACUCGCUCGAGUCCGUAGGCCACGUCCAGAAGUUUCUCAUGAGGAACGAGGUUCCAGUUAAUUUAUUUCAGCCUUACAUUGAGGAAAUCUUCAGCCUCUUACGGGACGACAUUUUUAGGAAGUUUAUCGAAAGUGAAAAGUACACAAGGUUUUGCCAGUGGAAAAACCUCGAGCUUAAUAUUCAGUUGACAAUGAAUGACUUCAGCGUGCACCGGAUAAUCGGACGCGGUGGUUUUGGCGAGGUGUACGGCUGCCGGAAAGCCGACACGGGGAAAAUGUAUGCGAUGAAGUGUCUGGACAAGAAGCGGAUCAAGAUGAAGGUGGGCGAGACACUAGCCCUCAACGAGAGGAUUAUGCUGUCGCUCGUCAGUACAGGGGAGGACUGCCCUUUCAUUGUGUGCAUGACCUAUGCGUUCCAAACACCAGACAAACUGUGUUUCAUCCUGGACCUCAUGAACGGGGGUGACUUGCACUACCACCUCUCUCAGCACGGAGUGUUCACGGAGCAAGAGAUGCGCUUCUACGCCGCUGAAGUUAUCCUGGGGCUGGAGCACAUGCACCGGAGAUAUGUGGUCUACCGAGACCUCAAGCCGGCCAACAUCCUGCUGGACGAGCACGGCCAUGUGCGGAUAUCGGACCUGGGCCUGGCCUGCGACUUCUCCAAAAAGAAGCCCCACGCCAGCGUGGGUACACACGGCUACAUGGCACCCGAGGUGCUGUCCAAGGGCACGGCGUACGACUCGAGUGCUGACUGGUUUUCCCUCGGGUGCAUGCUCUACAAGCUGCUCAAAGGGCACAGCCCGUUCCGGCAACACAAGACGAAAGACAAGCACGAGAUUGACCGAAUGACCUUGACCAUGAAUGUGGAGCUCCCCGAAAGCUUUUCGGCUGAGCUGAAACUGCUUCUCGAGGGACUGCUGCAACGGGACGUGGACAAGCGACUCGGCUGCCGGGGACAGGGGGCGGAAGAAGUGAAGAGCCACUCGUUCUUCGGGGGCAUGGACUGGCAGCUAGUGUACCUGCAGAAGUACCCGCCUCCCCUGAUACCCCCAAGGGGGGAGGUGAACGCCGCAGAUGCCUUCGACAUCGGCUCCUUCGACGAGGAGGACACCAAGGGGAUCAAGCUGUUGGAGGCGGACCAGGAGCUGUACAAGAACUUCCCGGUGGUGAUCUCCGAACGGUGGCAGCAGGAGAUUGCCGAGACGGUCUUUGAGACGGUCAACCUGGAGGCGGACAAGCUGGAGCAGAAGAAGAAGACCAAGAUGAAGAUGAAGUUCCAGGACGAGAAAGAGUCGGACUGCAUCAUCCACGGCUACGUCAAGAAGCUGGGGGGGCCGUUUGCGUCCGCGUUCCAGACGCGCUACGGCAAGCUUUACCCCAACCGGCUCGAGCUUCACACGGAAUCCGGUAGUGCCAAGCCUGAGCUCAUCUUCAUGGACCAGAUGGAAGAUGUGUGCCCAGACUACGUCCAGGUGAAAGGGGAGCAGUGCAUAGUGGUGAAGAUGAAGGGGGACACCAAGGUGGUGAUCACCAACUCGGACGAGAUCGGCCUCAAGGAGUGGCUGUUGUCGCUACGCUCGACCCUCAAGGACUCCCAGGAGCUGCUCUCGUCCAUGGCCAAGAAGGCCGGCAAGAUCUACGGUACCACGGACAACCGGAACAACUUGAUGGGGCCCGGGGGCGGCGGUGCCAACUCGCCCGCGCCGCACCGCAACGGCAACUGAAGCACCAACCCUUCCUCCCCGAGGCAUUUCCAACGGAGGGCGGAACAAAUCUCGCCCCCCUUUUUUUAGAGUUAACUUAUUGCGGGUGGCAACCAAGGUCACAGCGGGGGUUGUCCCGCCGCUCCACUGCCCCUCUUUUGGGAAGGCCCGCCUCUCGCUCUCCCCUCUUUGUUAUGAAUCUGCUGGUCAGAAGCGUACGAGGGGAGGUCGUUCCUUUCUCGCCGCUUCGAGAUCGGCGUUCCCUCGUGUCAUUGUGCGUCCGUCAACGAACCGUUUGUUCCCCGUCUGGAGGCAAACUCUCUUCCUCACCCCGCUCCGACGCCCUUCGCACUUUUCCACGACAGUCACGUGCCAUGUCCGGGUUUCUUGCGCCCUCACCGCCAUUUCCUUUUAUGACCUGUCCCCACGUGCUUUUUGCUUUGUUUUUUUUACAGCACCAUUACCUGUACAUGCAUGUAAAUAGGGUGUGUACAUAAGGUGACCACACUGAGGGAGGGAGACCAAACAAUGUGUGCAUGCUUGUGUGUGUGCAUGUGUAAAUAGGUGUGCGAGGAAUUGCCGUGCAAUUGUGUCUGCAUGUCUCCCGACCGCCCGGAGGCGCGACUGUUGUCUUCGAUCGUGUCAUGCUGUGGUCCCCGUGGGAAAGAGCCAGAGUCCUUUAAGACUCGAGCAGUUGCGCCUGUCUCUGCGGUUGCGCAACCUCCCCGUGUGCGUCUCGUGUGGUGGGGCGGGUGGGGCCGUCCCUCGGAGAAGGGACCUUUUGUAGGGUGGACCCUUUUGCAGCAGCUUAGAAGCUAGUAUGCACACAGCAAAGUAUACAUAGCCUAUAUCUAUUCUUUCCAGGGGUUGGGGAAGGCUCGGGACACGUUGCCCUCACAUCCGCGGUCUUGUGGCCGCCUUCCUCGGCAAGGAAAUGUUAACUGUGAUAGCAACUCUUAGCAGUCCAAUUCCAUGUGUCACCGUCGCUGCCAUAGGAACCUUGGUGGUGGUGAUGCUAAAUGAAAGCCAGCUUCGGGCACUCUACAUUUCCUGGGUUCUUUGGCCGAGGCCACAUCUAACUUGUCGGGUCCCGGUGGCCGGAUCCCGGUGGCCGGGUCCCGGUGGCCGGGUCCCGGUGGCCGGGUCCCGGUGGCCGG